GCGAUGGUAUCCACAGUUCUAUCCGGGCACUUGUGGCGAGCGGUCGCGAAAAGAGAAAACACCCGAAAUCACCCGAAUUUCCGAGUCAAUAAUAGCAAGUCAACGAGCCGCAGUCGAGUCAAUAUUUGGAUAGUAAACUCAUUAGCAGCUGGACAGGACUGUCAAAUCAAUCGGGAAAGCAGUUGAAGGACUUUAACAUGACGAGGAUAAGGCUGUUUUUGCUAGUGACACUGAUUUCACGACUUCAGAUACAGGCGCAAGCCGCCCUAAGCUACGAACAAGCUCGCCAGGCUGUUCUCACGGCGGAGGAGGAGCUCAUGACUGGAGGACACACGUAUCUGAACACCCAGGAGGCCAAGGUGGACGACAUAUUCAUGGAGUACAAGCUCGGAGAGCUGGCGCAAGGAUUCAGGAAUGCGGAGCAGAAUGCAGCCGCCUUACAUUUCUUUAAGGCCAAGCCCCUGAUCGACCGGAGUGCUAUCUUUCGCUUCCUUCAGAAGAUGCCCAAGGGAUCUGUGCUCCAUCUGCAUAACUCCGCCUCGGUGAGUUCGAAGUGGGUGGUGGACGAUUUGUCAUAUAUGCCUGGCCUGCUGCGCUGCACCACAGCCACAGGUCGAAGUGUCCUGACCUUCCGGAGGACACCAAGGGAGCACGAGUGCCAGUCGCAGUACGUACGGGUUUCUGAUGAGCGACGCAACUCCCUGGACCCCAGGGUCUACGAUAGGAAUUUCGAACGCCUGAUCAACUUGUACACUCCAGUUCCAGAGCUGGAGUACCCCACCAUUACCCAGGUGUGGGAUAGGUUUCAGGACAUGUUCGAUGUGCUCGGCGAUGCCAUAACUUAUUUGCCAGCCUUUCGAGCAUACCACUGGCAGAUGCUCGAGGAACUUUACAACGAUAACGUGAUGUACGCGGAGAUUCGCACUAGUUGCAAAACGCUGUACGACGCUAGUGGACGUACUUUUCCCCGAGAGCGUACAAUACGCGAAUUGUACAAUAUAAAUGACAAGUUCGUUAAGCUGCACCCCGACUUUUUGGGCUUUAAAGUCAUUGUGGCCGUUUACAGGGGAUACGAAAUGGAUAAGCUUAAAGAAGCCGUCGAGGAAUUUAAGCAGCUGCACCAAGCCUUGCCCCACUUUGUGGUUGGAUUCGACUUGGUGGGUCAGGAAGACAAGGGAAAACCUCUUUACACCCUGCUGCCCGCCCUGAGGGAACUGCCGCCCACAUCUCGCCUUUUUCUGCACGGAGGAGAGACCAACUGGUUCGGUGCCUCCACCGACAUCAAUCUGCUGGAUGCCCUGUUGCUCAACACCACCCGCAUUGGCCAUGGUUAUGCUCUGGCCAAGCAUCCGAUCCUACUGAAUGCCGUCAAGUCGCGCCAGAUCGCCGUCGAGGUCAGCCCCAUUUCGAAUCAAGUGCUCCACCUGGUCUGGGAUCUGCGUAAUCAUCCGGGUGCUCAGUAUCUGGCCCUCGACGUACCCGUGGUGAUAUGCAACGAUGAUCCUGGGUUCUGGAAUGCCAAGGGCCUGAGCUACGACUUCUACUAUGCCAUCAUGAGUCUGGCGCCGAACAAUGCUGGCUUAAGGAUCCUCAAGACUCUGGUGUGGAACUCAGUGAGGUAUUCCACACUGACGGAGGAGGAACAGACCCGGGCUUUCAAAAUACUAGAGCUCAGCUGGUCGCGGUUCAUAGACAAAGUGCUUGAAGGCAGCGUAUUCUAAGACAGUAUAUAAAUAAAUAAAAAAAAUCAAAAAUAUUUAUUAAAAUAAAUAAGAAUAACGUCCAAAUCGUGGUCCUCGACGUCCCCGAGGUGUCAUGCAACGAUGGUCACUUGACUUAUUUGCAAGCCGUUCGAUUAUAUCACUGGCAGAUGCUCGA